GCCCAAAUAUGAUAUGGGCUUUCUUGUCAAACAAGUCCAAGAAGUAAGAGAGCGACUAGAAUUAGGGUUUAUCAGCGCCACUUUUCUACUUUCUACAGCUUACAUCACAUUUCCUUCCUUCCCUUUGCUCUCACCGUCGCUUGGAACUAUGCCUAAGCAAAUCAACGAGAUUAAGGAUUUCCUUCUCACUGCCAGAAGGAAGGAUGCUAGGUCAGUGAGAAUCAAGAGGAGCAAGGAUGUCGUUAAGUUCAAGGUCAGAUGUUCCAAGUACCUCUACACACUCUGUGUGUUUGAUGUUGAGAAAGCCGACAAGUUGAAGCAAUCACUUCCUCCAGGUUUGAGUGUUCAAGACCUUUAAAGGCAUUGGAUGAUGGAAACCAAGGAGUCAUUUGUUUCAUUCUUGUAAUGUUUGUUUCUUCUGUAGUUGAAUCUUGAGAUUUUGAGUUGGUUUCGUAAUGAGAUCAUAGCUAGGACAUGGUUUUUGUAAUGAGAAAUUAAAGAUUUUAAUGCCUGCUGAAACAUUUCAUGUUUCAGUGCUGCUGUUGGACUAAAUAUUUGAUCUUCUGUUUUAUUUUUA